GGAUUACUGGAUACACUAACACGGGACGAACAAUAACACAUGGAUUGAAGGAAAGAAGACUACAUGUGAAUUGUGCCACUGCGCCAUCCGGAUCGCAAACCACUUCACGGUGCACGUCCUUCUCAGAUCUCACCGAGAAAUGUGGCUCCUAGAAAAAAUCCGCCGUUCAGUGGAGGGAAACGUUCUGCGGCAGGGAGAGUCCGCCGACAAACAGAGCAAAGCCCCCACCUACGGCAACGUCCUCACUCCCGACAAGAUCCCAGACUUCUUCAUUCCACCCAAACUGGUGUGCUGCCCCCCAGAGGAGGAUACGCCAGAGAUGAAGCCAAAAAACGGGCUGCACGGGUCUGCGUCUGAACAAAACAUCUGCUGCAAGAUGCCGCAGGGCAGUCCGCGUAGCCCACGCCUCAUGAACAAGCUGGCAGGAGAUACAAAGAACUUGCUCAAAGCGGCAAACCGACACAUCAUCCAGAUUGAGAGUGCAGAUGACUUGGUCACUGACGAAGAGGGCGACCUCAACACAAAUGCCGACCCGCAAGCACAGACGGCCAUGUCAUUGCCCUAUGUACCAAAAGCGCAAACCUCCUACGGUUUCUCAACGCUCAUGGAGAGCCCUCACACGCGUCGUAAAGAGUCCCUCUUCCAUAGCGACCCUACAAGUCCACUCACCUCACCCAACACCCAACGUAGGUCUCAGGGUAAUCACUUGAAUCCAAGCGACUGUAAUGUCUCCCACUCCAACCCCUACCGUUACUUUAGUGGAGGUGAGAGCGACACAUGUUCUUCAGCAGAGUCAUCCCCAUUCAACUCCCCACUACUAUCCCGUUCUGCAUCCCUCCUCAAGAUGUUCACUCACGAGACCCAAGCCAAAGUGUCCCGGGCCAAGCGAUCCCUUGCCCGGCACAGUUCUCUUUCAACGGAUGAGUGCAGCUCUGUGGAAACCAGCCCGAACAAUCGGCGGCGCUUCCGUUGUCCUCCUUCCCCGGCACUCCGAGGACGAAAAACUGGAGGCAACAUGGAUCGCUUCACGCAACACACCGUCAACCUCCAGAAGGGCGGAACUCUACGCCUCUGCACAGACUACGAUAUUGACGCCUCCCGACUUCACAUCCGUGUGCUGGCUGCCGAGGAUCUCUACGAUAAGCAGUUUGACAUAAAGAGCAUCAAUUGUUGUGUGGCUCUGUACCUGAACCCAGGAAAGCUGCAGAAACAGCGGAGCACAAUUAUCAAGAACAGCCGCAACCCCGUCUUCAACGAGGACUUCUAUUUUGACUCUCUUCCCGUAGCACGGGUGAAAAACCUGGCCAUCAAGAUGAAGGUGGUCAACAAAGGCACCAGUCUGAAAAGAGACACCCUACUUGGAGAAAGAGAAGUGCCCCUAAAGGAGCUGCUUUCUGGGAUCUAG